AUGGAGUUGGAGUUUGGUUCAGUGGUCCUGGCCUUGUUGAGCAGUUUGGGUUGCUUUGUGGUCCUGAAAUGGCUUCUGAGGAAUGUGAAUUGGUGGCUUUAUGAAACCAAGUUGGGUGAGAAGAAAUAUUCUCUCCCACCAGGUGAUUUGGGCUGGCCUUUCAUUGGGAACAUGUGGUCCUUCCUUAAAGCUUUCAAGUCCUCUAAUCCUGACUCUUUCAUCUCUUCCUUUGUUUCCAGGUAUGGACAUACAGGAAUGUACAAGGCCUUCUUGUUCGGGAACCCGAGUAUCAUUGUCACGACGCCAGAAACCUGCAGGCGAGUGUUGACAGACGACGAAUCGUUUAAGCCAGGCUGGCCUCGUUCAACCGUUGAACUCAUUGGGAAGAAGUCCUUCAUCGGCAUUUCUUUUGAAGAACACAAGCGUCUAAGGAAGUUAACAGCUGCUCCAGUGAAUGGCCAUGAAGCACUGUCCAUGUAUAUCAAAUACAUUGAAGAGAAUGUAGUUGCUUCUUUGGAAAAGUGGGCUACCAUGGGAGAAAUUGAGUUCUUGACUCAAGUCCGAAAACUCACUUUUAGGAUCAUCAUGUACAUUUUUCUAAGCACAGAGAGUGAGUCAGUAAUGGGAGCUUUGGAGAAUGAAUAUACAGCACUUAACUAUGGAGUUAGAGCCAUGGCAAUCAACAUUCCGGGUUUCGCUUAUCAUAGAGCACGCAAGGCGAGGAAGAAUCUUGUAUCUGUGUUUCAAUCUAUCGUGGAUGAGCGAAGAUCUCAGCGGAGAAAGGGCAAUGUAAGCUCGACAAAGAAGAAAGAUAUGAUGGAUGCUUUGCUUGAUGUUGAAGAUGAAAAUGGCAGAAAAUUGACUGAUGAGGAGAUCAUAGAUGUUUUGUUGAUGUACUUGAAUGCGGGCCAUGAAUCUUCUGGCCAUACCAUGAUGUGGGCUGUUGUUUUCCUACAACAUCGCCCUGAGAUUUUCCAAAAGGCCAAGGCAGAGCAAGAAGAGAUUAUAAAGAAGAGGCCACCUACACAGAAAGGCUUGAGCCUCAAGGAAAUUCGAGAAAUGGACUAUCUUUCCAAGGUGGUUGACGAAACGCUUCGUGUGGUAACAUUCUCACUUACAGUGUUCCGAGAGGCAAAACAAGAUGUUCAAGUAACUGGUUACACCAUCCCCAAGGGCUGGAAAGUUCUGGUCUGGUUUAGAAGUGUUCAUUUAGAUCCAGAAAUCUAUCCUGAUCCAAAGGAAUUCAAUCCUUCCAGAUGGGAUAACUACACACCAAGAGCAGGAUCUUUCCUUCCCUUUGGAGCAGGAAGCAGGUUGUGCCCAGGAAAUGAUCUGGCUAAAUUGGAAAUCUCGAUUUUCCUUCAUCACUUUCUCCUCGGUUAUCGGUUGAAACGGGCUAAUCCCGAUUGUCCGUUAAUGUACUUGCCGCAUUCGCGGCCUAAAGACAAUUGCUUGGCGAAAGUUGAGAAAUGCACAUCUUAAUAGACAUGAGGGGAAAAGGGAGGAGCAAAUAGCAGUGGCAACACAAUACUGCAGUUGAUGGAUUCAAAUAAUAAAAAUAUUUCUUUUGUUUUUGUUCUAGGCAUUUUGAUGUUCAAAUCUCUGUUCAAAGACUCAUGUGCCUUGUUCCUUUUAUAUUAAUUAUUAUAAUCUCUUUUUAAAGCCUUA